CAUCUGAUAUGCUAGUAUCGAUUCUAGAUCAUAUUAUUUUUGUCGAUGUUAGCUGGUCGUAAUAUCGCAGCUCCUAAGUACUCGUACGCAGUAAACAUUCGUACUAAGACCUGAUAAGUGUGUGCUUUUAGUCGUUCAUGCUUUUUAAAAACGAAAAUUCUGUGUUUUAUCAUUUAAUUAGUUGUGUAAUUUCACUGAUUCGUGUUCAAUUUAUGCACUUCAUAUUUUGAGUUGUUGGCCGUCGCAAAGAGUCGAAUUAUUGAUGAAAAUGGACCGAAAUCCGAUCGAAUUACGUUCACUAGCCGCGGAAUCUUCAUGUAUACAAUUAGUGUACGAAUGGGCAAGCUGUCAAAUGUCAGCAAUUUAUACUUGGAAGAAUAACGAAGAAGGCUACGGUACAUGCCCGGAUCACGAUUGGUUAAUUGGCCAAAUGAACGAAAUGCAGAUACCCGGCAGUCCAGUGAUGCCGGAUUCGGUUCGCGAUCAAAUCGAGGACGAAUUUACGUGGAUUUUGAAGCAGGUUACCGACUGGAUCUGUUAUCACCAUAAGAAAAAUUUCUUCCACGAUGAACCGGCAUCUUCGUUGAAAGAAUAUCUGCUGAAAUUGAUUUGGAAACCAGAUCGAUCGGGUCUAUCGAUCGAUUACGUGGCUACUGCGAAGAACGUGUUGGCUGGCUCGAAUUUCAACACAAUGGAAAAGUACAGAUUUGCUUGUACCUAUUGUUUCCCGGAAGAUGUAAGGAAAUUGAAAGAUAUGGCGAAGAUAGCGAGGAAUUGGUGUUUCGAAAGAGAGCCAUUGCUAGUUUAUUGGAGUAAAUACUUAACCAAACAGUUGCAUACGAUGAAUUUUCCGGAUUACGUUCCGAUCGAGGUCGUCAUGUUUAGAGAAGCUGUGAAAAAAUACGAUCUUCAGGCACCCGUUGAGUACUUUUUUACAAAAUUGAACACCACCGGUCUUAAAAUAUGGCAAUGUUGCGACGUUAUCACGAACCCGAAGAGCAAAGGAAGAAAAUAUCUUAAAGAACUACUACUGUCUCUAAUGAACGAACGUGAAAAAGAUCUCGUGUACCAAGACAACAUGAUAGAAAUCAUUAAUACUUUCUUGGAGCAGCGUAACUUCGAAAGUAUCGGUCAGAUGUACUCCGAAUUGAAAGGGAAGUUAAAUUCGACGAAUUACGCGUCAAUUAUCGAAGUAUUGGCGAAAAACUCGAUACGCUAUGGUCGCAAUUUCAAUUCACUGUCAUCGUUAUUGAUGGAAAUUUGGAACGACGCAAUCGGCAAGGAUGGAUUCCUGGAAAAUGUGAGAGAUUUGCAAUCGCGUAUCGCCAUAGAAUACUCCAUAAAAAUCUCCUCGCCUGAAAAUCGCCUUAAUUACUGUUACGUGAGAGACGAAUUUCAUCGGCCUUUGGAAUUUAUUCGCACUUUGGCUUCUGCGUACGAUGCGCGAAAUUUUCUCAAGUCGAAUUUUCAUUGGCUGGUAAUCUGGCAACCGUUUGCUUCGAUAGUCCAACUGAUUGACGAAUUUCAAUUGGAUGCCGAAGAUGUCGAGGAAUUGAAAAGGCAUACUCGACAUCCCUAUAGAAUGAGGCGCAUUUGUCUGAAAUAUUUGCAGAGUGGCAAGUUGGACGAAUUCAGCGCCUUAGUGUCGUUUUGUUACCAGGGUCAUGACGCCAUUAUAACCGCGUAUCAGGAGGACUUAUUGAUGGAUGAAGAUGGCUUGAAAGCUCUCGCUCAUGGGUUAAAUUUUCGGGUCGAUUGGAGAAUAGUCCACAAAUUUGUCAACAAUGUGUUUCGCAAUAUGGAGGGAUUCGCGUCUGUCUACACUGCCAGACUGUUGUUUCACGUUUUUGAGAAUACAACUGAGUACUUUUUGAGAGAAAUGAUGGAACAGGGAGAAGCGAACACCAUCGUGGAAUGUAUUCAGACUUUGGUGCCAGACAACGUCAAUUUAUCGCUGGCCAAGCAAACCUUCGUAGACUCGUAUUUAAAAACACUUCAUAAUGAUAGCUAUUUCGUUUUCAAACAAGCUACGUUCAAUGACAUGUUGAUUUGGUGUUAUGGAACUGAUGCAGGCCCUGCACAAUUUAAAGAGAUGAUCAACGUUUCGGAAGUAUUCGUUGCUCAGUUGGAGGGCUGCGUAGUGAUGAGCGAACCAACAUUCAAAAUCAGCGAUUCGAUGGAGGAAUUUUUGCAUUGGUAUUAUCCCAUCGAGAGUGAAAGGAGAGCUUUUAAAUUAGAAAUGAUUCAUUCGAACGACGUAUUCGAAACUAUCGAGAUGCAUUUAGCGGAGAGAAGAUAUCGUCGACGUAUGUUGAAUUGGUUUUUCGAAAACGACGCCGAUAAAAUAACGGAAUUUAUUGCUAAAAUAUUCCAUUAGGUUUGUCAAAUGGUGUUCGAUAGAUGAGUUUUUGAAGUUUUUUGUGUUUGUUAUAUCGAAUUCAAUAAAAUUUGAAUUUCAGUUUAUUUUCAUUUGUUUAUGAUUCUCAAUUUUUAUUUUUUUUUUUCAUUCAUUAUCAUAGUUGAUCAAUUGAGAUAUGUACGAUAUGUAUUAUUACCAAUAAUAAAAUGUGCAAUGUGUUUA